AUGCAGAGCCCACCCGGUCCUCGACUGGAUUCGGCAGUUUUGACCGCACCGCCGGCUGCGGGGCCCUGCCAGCCUGCACGCCUUGCAAAACAUCAUAACAGCCAUCUACCAGCAAGGUUAGACUGGGUAGGGCCAGAUGAGGUCUGGUUUCAGCGCUCCUCAAAAGCGCAGCCAUGGCGCCAGCUGAAAGCGCUGCUGGGAGAGGAGCUGAAGCCCCUCGUUCUCAAGGAUCAGGAAGCGAAGCAAGAGUUUGGGGGGCGGCGUGGUAGUACUGCAGCUGAGGCUGCACUCAACAGAGGGCGGAGAGCAGGGGAGGUCCCGAGAGCAAACGCCCCCUCAACGGAGAGACGCAGCCAAGCUUCGCCCACGGACUCCCGCGACGCCGAUGGCCGCCUUACCAUCGCUGCGCAAGCUGCCAAGUUCAUCAACGCCAUCAAGGGAGGGCAGUGCGUCUUGUACAGUGUCGGAGAAGAGGACUCUCCGAGCACAGUGUACCUUGGCACUGCUUGGGAUCACAAUAAUGCAAGACCAAAGCCGCUGGGACGGCCGAGCAAGGUGCGGGCGCUGCUUGAAACGGUCCAUUGGGACACAAGAGGGGUCCCAAGCUGCACGUGUGAUCGGGGGCGGCUGUACUUCAACGCCCCAUGCGUCCACAAGCUCGCGCUGCAGGCGCUGGAAAGACCAAGGCAAGCAAGCCACAUCUCUCUGCAGAAGGGGCCCAGGAUGGUUGAGGCACCUUGCAGACCAGGCGAAAGAGUCUUCGGCGUGUAUUGGAACGCAGCGUCCCCCUCGCCGCAAAGGACCAUGGUGCACUUUGGCGCCAGCAAGCAGUUCCCUUGGUAUUGCGAAGGAAGACAAAGCGGUUGUUCAAAGACCGCUGACUGCAGCCACAUCCUGGAGGUGAAGAGAGCCUUGCAGCGGCCAGAUGGGGUUCACAGGGUGAGCGGGUGUCUCUUUUUGGAGGCGCAGCUCGAGCGGGCCCUAGUUUCCGUUCAUCAUGGGGGAAAUGUCGUGCGAGUUGGGGCAGGAGGUGCAGCAGCGAACGGCGUGCCUGCGGGAUGCGCUGACACCCAUGCAUCAGAUUCGAAUGAAGCCCAGGGCUCCCCUUCGGAGGACGCACCCCAAGAGCUGGAACAGUAUCUCCUCGAGCUGGUCACUGGCGGCCACCACGAGGCGACCUGCAAGGGGGAGACCUGCUUCUGCAAGCAGCAUCCUAGGUUGUUUGGCGGGGUUGUUACGGACGUCGGGGCGUGUGCAUCAGGGUGUUGCAGCUCCGCGUCUGCAAGCGGGAAGCGGGCUCGAUCGGAGCAAGUGGAUGGGAGCGCACCUGCUGAGGGAAAGCCAGGGGUGAAGCGGAGGAGGCGCGUCGCGAUGGUGCUUCCCAUGGAGGCAGAGGGGGUUCAGGUCGAGAUCCCCAAGCUGGUGCGCCCGGUGGACAGCUGGGAUGUCCACGACCCUGAGGUCACCCUAUUGCGCCAACCUGUGAGGGUCAGCGAGCUGGUGGGGCGGGACUUUGCAGAGCUCAGCGCGAUGGAGUGCCUGUCCGCCCCUUGCCCCAGGGCACCUCCCCCCUGCAAGACUGGAUGGAUGGGGCUUUGGCAAUCCGCGCACAUCUACUCCCUGCAGUGGGCUCAAGAGGUGAAGGUCCGCAUCUUCUGCUGUGCCUGCCCUGAAAAACACACAAUCCACUUCAAUGGUGAAGCCCUUGGCCUCUUCGCCUGGACAAGGGGGGUCAUCGUCACCCAAGCAUCGUGCCAGCUUCUGCUACGAUCCAUUCAAGAGUCUGGUUCCGCUUCCAACGGCUUCAUUUCUGCAUGUGCGGAAGUGCGGCGGCAGUACAAACCAAGUGCGGUGCUCCUCUCGGAAGAGACCUGGCGCAAGGCUAGCCUGAGUUUCUUCCGGCUGUGUGGACGAUCCAUCCUGGAGUGUUGCAGCAUCUGCGGGCUGCAUCCAAAGGUACUUCUCUGCGACGGCAUCGCUGGUCUGGCUUGCGCCGACGGCGGGCGCCAGAAAGGGGGCUUGGCAGGCACCAGCGCGGCGGCCGUGCGCCCAUUCACAGCGCCGAGCCAGGAUUCUGCUGGGUUCAACGUGGAGAAGACCAUCGAGGCGGGCGUCAACUACUGCGCUACGUCUCUCGAGGGGCGGGGGAUGAAGCGGCGUCUUGUGAUCCAGCCUGAGCUGCGGGCGCUGCUUGCGCGGUUCAGUGGACAUCAUCUAAAGGACCCCGGAAGUGGGAAGCCCCUCGCUCAAAAGGAGUACGUGGAGUUGCCGAUUGCGCUGGAGCGGGCUGACGUCGAAGUGGUGGCCGGCUUCGUGGCAGACCCAGCUGAUGCUGAUGCAGACCCCAUUCUCCUUCACUGGAGGCGGCGGAUCUUGAGGGAGCAGGUUGGGCAGAUCCGCUCCAAGAACGAAGCCGUGCUCGAGCUCCUUGAUGGGAUUGAGCGAGAGGCGAUGCGUGAGAACUUGCGCUGGCCCCCGCGCUGCCCCGGCAAGUGGUCCGAGCUGCUCUACGGGCUGGGCACCCCUCUCUCCGUCUCGGACGAUUCAAAUCUCAUUCAGCACGGACGGGCGCUGGCUGUCGUGCGAAAGUUCCUCCUCGGGGGCGCAGCAAACGGCAAAGACAAAGCCACCUUGGCUGAGCAUGCGCCAGUCUUGCGGCGCCUGCUCGACCACUACGGUAAUGUCUACCCGGACUUCUUCAUGCCCGCUCUGCACCACCUGUAUCGGCUGACUUUGUUUGGCCGCGGAGCGUGCGGCCUGGGAAUUGGGCGAGCGGGGUGGGCCCUCUCGGCCAUCGAAGGGCUUGACUACUGCGUGAGGCUGGCCAGAGACUUCCGAACGCAGGAAAACGCCCCAAACGCUGAGCAGCUAAAAGUGUUCCGCUUUUGGGAGGCACGUGCCAACGACCUGCUGCCCGGCGUCGAAAGCCUAACCCCUCCAGCCCCACAGCAGUACCCUCUGUCCCAGUCGGAGCUCCAACUUCUGCGAGACAGGUUGGGGCUCGAGGCCGACGGCUCUGAACCUCACGCCCUUCCUUCCGACCACCCGUUCUGUAAAGAGCAACGCAAGCUGGGCUGCUAUCCCCUGCCGGGCUGGGAGCAAAAGCGGCCUCUCCCGCAGUACAAGCCAUUUGAGGACGAGCUUGGGAGGUCCGUUGAUCGCCGAGAAGAACAUCGCUGCCGAAGCGGGCUUACAGUGGGCGAGUUCGACUGUGAGAUCGCUGCCAAGAGCAGCGUGAAGUCUGCCAAGCGGCUGCAGCAGCACACCAAGGGCGGUUUUUUGUUCUGCUGUCCUCACAGAGUGGUGUAUGGUUUUCACGUGAUGAUGCGGGGGGAGUCGCCGAGAGACCCAUUCACCGUGCUCUACACGCGCCUGCACCAACGGAACCUUCCAAACUUCCUUAUUUACGACAACAGCUGCAAGCUUCAGGCGUACUGCAUGAGACGCGAGCCGAUCUUCUUAGCGGACGUCCGCUUUCUUGUGGACAGAUUCCAUUUUCAACGCACGGAUGCAGAGGCGCACAAGUGCGGGCCGGGCUUCAACCCGGACUACUACGACGCUGUCCGCUUCGUCAACACGUCCGCCGUUGAGAGUUGCAACUCGUUUCUUGUCAGAUUCAAAACCUUAGCGUGGUACUCUAGCUUAAAUGCAUUCAUCGUCAUCCUGGCUAACGUUGUCAGCGGGCGAAAUUCGAAACUAAGGCGGGUUGAUGACCCUAAAUUGCGGAUUGCGGGUAGGGUAGACCUUUGGACCCCAGCGGUACGGGCAGCCCUCUUGAACCGUUGGUAGAUUGUAUAUGUACUUGAGCCUUCAUUGAGUGCGGUCAAUGCUCUUGCAAGUUUUAUUCAUGUGGGCUGGAUUUGUAGGGAGACUCUAGCUCAGACACCUCUGGCA